AUGGCGGCUGUAGAAUCAUUGUUGUGUAAAGGUUCAAAUAAUGAUGGUUGCAAAUUCAUUGGCAUUUGGGGCAUGGGCAGUGUGGGCAAAACAACUCUUGCAAGAGCAUUGUUUAACAAAUUGUGUUUUACAUAUGAUGGGUUUUGCUUUUUGGCUAAUGUAAGGGAACAAUCAAGGAGACAUGGAAUAGAUGCUUUGAGGGGAAAACUUAUUCUGAAGUUAUCAGGGGAGAAAGAAUCUCACAUUGGCAUGCUUGAUGCAAUAGAUCCUUAUGCCAUGAGUAGUAGACUUGAUCGGAAAAAAGUUUUCAUUGUGCUUGAUGAUGUUGAUGAUGUUGAGCAAUUACAAAAUUUAGUUGGAAGAUAUGAAUUUGGAUCAGGUAGUAAAAUCUUGAUAACAACCAGAGAUAGGCAAGUGCUUGCUGGUAUAAAAGUGGUUGAUAUAUAUGUGCUUGAUCGUUUGGAUUCUUAUGAAGCUUUUGAUCUAUUAUCCAUCAAUGCCUUUAGAAACGACUAUGCUGACAAGAAGAUAAAAAAGCUAGCAAAAAAAAUGACUCAAUAUGCAGAUGGAAAUCCAUUGGCGCUAAAGGUUUUAGGCUCACUCUUGAAUGGCAAAAAUCAAGAAGCAUGGGAAAGCCAAUUGGACAAGCUUCAAAAAUUUCCUUGUGUACAAGUUAAUCAUAUCCUCAAAUCGAGCUUCGAACAACUUGAUAAGGAAGAGAGAAAUAUUUUCUUGUACAUCGCAUGUUUCUUUGAUAAUUAUAAUAUUGAGGAUGUAAAACACAUGUUAAAUGCAUGUGGUUAUUCAACCGAGAUUGGAUUGAAAAGACUUGAAGAGAAAGCUCUUUUAGAUGUUCAUAAGAAAAGAAUAGGUAUGCACCAUCUGAUAAAAGAAAUGGGUAGAGAAAUUGUCCGUGAUGAAUCAUUAGAGGGUGUUCCUAACAAGUGCAAUAUAUUAUGGAUUUUCAAGAAUAAUUCUGAAAUAUUAAAGAAAAACAUGGUGAAUGGAGCCAUUGAAGGCAUGAUUAUGGACCUUUCGGAAGUUGAACAGAUGUACAUAAUUAUUGAAGCUCUUUGUUUAAUGCCCAAGCUAAUGAAUCUUGUGAAUUUAAGCAGAAUAGAUCUUCAUGAAUCAAAAGACUUGAUUGAGCUGCCAAAUUUUUCCAAGGCCAUACAUCUUGCAGAAGUUGAUCUCGAAGGUUGUUCAAAAUUGCAGAAUAUUCAUCCAUCUAUUUUAUCUCUCCAUAGCCUUCGUCAUUUAUUGCUAAGAAAUUGCACAGCUCUUACCAGCCUUACGAGCAACACACAUCUCAAAUCACUUGCUAAACUCGACAUGGUCGGAUGCUCAAGACUGAGCGAAUUUGCAGUGACCUCAGAAAAUAGUGAGUUUCAGUUGUUGCUUCUGGGAACAGCUAUCAAUGGUGAGUUGUGCUCAUCAAGCGGACAUCUCAACAAGAUUUAUUUUUUGAAUCUAGACGGAUGUGAAGGUGUGACAGGUCUUCACAAACUGUUUGACCUGCACACCCUUCGAAGACUUGAUGCUGCUCAUUGCAAUGAGCUAGCACCAAAUCUACAUUCCACAUUUGAUGAGAUGCGUGCUUUGCAAGUUCUAAAGCUGAAGGAUUGUAGUAAAUUGCUUGGAUUGCCUGACAAUAUCAGCUUGUUGUCAUCAUUACGUGAGUUAGAUCUCUCAGGGAGUAAUAUAGAGGCCUUGCCUUUCAGCAUCAAAUAUCUUUCCAGACUGCAACAUCUUUACUUAAAUGAAUGCAAAUCGCUUCGUUCUCUACCAGAACUCCCUCCCUCCAUCUCAAGAGUGUCCGCCGAUGACUGCCUGUCCCUGGAGACCUUACAUUCACCUUUAAUGAGUGAAGAUAGAGAAGGAACACAAUAUUAUUAUUUGCACUUUAGUUUCAAAAAUUGCAUGAAGUUGGAUGGAGAAUCAAUCAAAGCUGUUGAGGCCAAAGUGCUGCUUGACAUAAAUAACGAAGCCAUUUAUUACAGGGCUACAAUGAAAUAUCCAGGAAAAAGAGUUGCAGAGUGGUUCAUGUACAGGACUACACAGUCCACCAUAACUGUGGAUCUCAGUUCGAUUCUGCAACCUUGGGGUGCUGGUUUCAUUUUCUGCGCCGUCAUUUCUGGAUCAUCAGGGUGGAUGAAAAUGGAUGCUGAAUUGUUUAUUGAUGGACAAUAUGCUUACACGUCUCCAGGCGAGUCUUUUCCUAUGUCCCUGUUGUCAGAUCAUGUUGUUUUUUGGUAUGAUGCAGAGUCAUGUGGAGAAGUACAAAGGACAAUUGAAGAAAAGAAAAGAGAAGCUCAAAGCAACACUUCUUAUCGUCCGUUAUUGCUUCAAAUUAAGUUCACCACAUUCUCUUGGGGUUCUGUUGAUGAAACAAGAGGACAAAUCAAAGAGUGUGGAGUGGGCCUGGCAUCUGCGGUUGAAUAUCAAAAUUACAUUGAACAAAUUCAAUUGGCAUCUUUGCAUCCACACCCUAACUCUAAUGCAAUGGAAUCGGUGUUACAGUCAAAACCUAAUUCUGCGGGAAUCAAAGUAGGCUGCUCCUGUGACCACACCAAUGACAAACAAGUGGUUCCGAGGAAGUCCAAGGAUUGUGCCUUCCCAAGCCCAUCAACUGUGACAUGGAAGAAUGGAACACGGGGCUUGAAAGAUAUUAUGUUUUUAUGAUGUUAUGUUCAGAUUUCCUUUUUCUUGGUGGAUUCAA